UUGGCCGGCGUUGGCGCGCGAAGGGGUGCGCGGCGCCGGAGCGGCACGCAGCGGGGGCAGGAAACAAUAGAGCCGCGGCCGGAGGGGUCCGAGCAGGGAGCGGAGGAACCGGCCGCCCGCCUCGCUCAGCCCAGCCCAGCCCAACCCAGCCCGCCCCGCGCCCCGCAGCCGCCCCGCUGCCCCCGCCCCGCCAUGGCGGACAAGGAAGCAGCCUUUGAUGAUGCAGUGGAAGAACGUGUGAUUAAUGAAGAGUAUAAAAUAUGGAAAAAGAAUACCCCCUUCUUAUAUGAUUUGGUAAUGACCCAUGCUCUGGAAUGGCCCAGCUUGACUGCUCAGUGGCUUCCUGAUGUAACAAGACCUGAAGGCAAAGAUUUCAGUAUUCACCGGUUAGUCCUGGGGACCCAUACUUCAGAUGAACAAAAUCAUCUCGUGAUAGCUAGUGUGCAGUUGCCUAACGAUGAUGCACAGUUUGAUGCUUCACACUAUGAUAGUGAGAAAGGAGAGUUUGGAGGCUUUGGAUCAGUUAGUGGAAAAAUUGAAAUUGAAAUCAAGAUAAAUCACGAGGGAGAAGUGAACAGAGCACGUUACAUGCCACAGAACCCAUGUAUCAUCGCUACGAAGACUCCAUCCAGUGAUGUCCUUGUCUUUGAUUACACCAAACACCCUUCUAAACCAGACCCUUCUGGAGAGUGUAACCCUGAUCUGCGUCUUCGUGGACACCAGAAGGAAGGUUAUGGGCUGUCAUGGAACCCCAACCUGAGUGGGCAUUUGCUUAGUGCUUCUGAUGAUCAUACCAUUUGCUUGUGGGAUAUUAGUGCUGUUCCAAAAGAAGGCAAAGUGGUGGAUGCAAAGACCAUCUUCACAGGGCAUACAGCAGUAGUGGAAGAUGUAUCUUGGCACCUGCUCCAUGAAUCUCUUUUUGGAUCUGUCGCUGAUGAUCAGAAGCUCAUGAUUUGGGAUACUCGGUCAAACAACACCUCCAAACCUAGCCAUUCAGUGGAUGCUCACACAGCUGAAGUCAACUGCCUCUCUUUCAAUCCCUAUAGUGAGUUUAUCCUGGCUACAGGAUCAGCUGAUAAGACUGUUGCUCUAUGGGACUUGAGGAACCUAAAACUGAAGUUGCACUCCUUUGAAUCACAUAAAGAUGAAAUAUUUCAGGUUCAGUGGUCUCCCCAUAAUGAAACUAUAUUGGCUUCCAGUGGCACUGACCGCAGGCUAAAUGUUUGGGACUUGAGUAAAAUUGGAGAAGAGCAAUCCCCUGAAGAUGCUGAGGAUGGUCCCCCAGAGCUAUUGUUUAUUCAUGGUGGUCAUACUGCAAAGAUAUCUGAUUUCUCCUGGAAUCCCAAUGAACCCUGGGUAAUUUGUUCUGUAUCAGAAGAUAAUAUCAUGCAAGUCUGGCAAAUGGCGGAGAACAUAUAUAAUGAUGAAGACCCUGAAGGAAGUGUGGAUCCAGAAGGUCAAGGAUCCUAGACGACAACCUUUUCCUGUUUUUAGUCUUUUUCCUUCUCUUCCCUCUCAGCCCCGAUAUUGACUUAACACUGGUUUUGAGACACACGUAGACUUUGUGUUCAGCCAUCCUUCUGUAGAUACCAUCAACAGGCUUUUUAACCCAGACAGUGAGUACUCCCUAAGAAAAGGGCUUAGCCCGACUCAGCUGGUACUGUGCUGUAGCUCCUUGGUCAGAUUUCCUACAGCAACCUCUUGCGUAUAGGGCUGGCCAUCCCAUUUUAGCUGCCUUCAUCACACAGAGCAAACUUGGUUUUGUUUUUUUCUUCUGUUGUUAGCUUGCUACAGUUGUGGGCUUUUGCCUAAUUUAAACAAAAGUUAAAUUGGUAGAACUGCCAGAGUAUGCCUGAGCCAAUGGAGAUGAUACAAGUGUUAAUCCACUGACAGUUCAGAAAUGGUGUGGAAGGUCUUGUCCUCUUCAGUACAACUCAGAAGUCUUGGGAUUCCUUUAGUUAAUCUGUACCUUGUGGAUUUUUCUGCCUCUGCAGAUACAAAACAGACUUGCAGAUUCUGACUUGAACUGAAAUUAAAUUUCUUUCUGUA